GUCGUCGGUACGAUAGAGUUUUUGAAAUAUUGGUUAGGGUCACUUGUCCGGUUUGAGCGAGAAUUUUGCGUUAUGACUUAUGACUUAUGAGUUGACUGGACCGGUUUGGUUGUAAAGUCCACUAGACGGCCCACCUAAUCGAAGAGGGACGAUAAAAGUAGCGGGCUAAAUAAAAAGCCCAUAUUGGCCAUCCUCGAUUUCUUCCUUCUCACUGCUCGCCGUCUGUCUACUCCGGCUUCCAAGAAUGGGUUCGAUUGCAACGCCUCCACUGACGGAGAACGGAACAUCGGCGCCGACCUCUGCUGGCGGCAAUUCUAACGUCGAACAAGAGAGUCAAUCUGCCAUCGACGAAAUGCCUUCCUUGCCCGGAAACACGGUUUCUAUGGAAACAGACGGUUUGAAGGAAAGGAGAGGUAGUUCGCUCCCGCUGGAGGUUGGAACUCGGGUCAUGUGCCGCUGGAGAGAUGGCAAGUAUCAUCCCGUGAAGGUUAUUGAAAGGAGGAAGGUUUCGUACUCCGGAGUUAGCGAUUACGAGUAUUAUGUUCAUUACACCGAGUUUAACAGGAGGCUUGAUGAAUGGGUGAAACUUGAUCAGCUUGAUCUGGACUCCGUUGAGGCUGUAGUUGACGAGAAGGUGGAGGAUAAGGUAACAAGCUUAAAAAUGACACGCCAUCAGAAAAGGAAGAUCGAUGAGACCCAUGUUGAGGGACACGAGGAACUUGAUGCUGCCAGCUUGAGGGAGCAUGAAGAAUUCACAAAAGUGAAAAAUAUAGCAACUAUGGAACUUGGGAAGUAUGAGAUUGAAACAUGGUACUUCUCACCAUUUCCACCUGAAUACAAUGAUUGUUUGAAGCUCUACUUUUGUGAGUUCUGCCUGAAUUUCAUGAAGCGUAAGGAGCAGCUUCAAAGGCACAUGAGGAAGUGUGAUCUCAAACAUCCCCCUGGUGAUGAGAUUUACAGAAGUGGUACAUUGUCAAUGUUUGAAGUCGACGGUAAAAGGAACAAAGUCUAUGGUCAAAACCUCUGCUAUUUGGCGAAGUUAUUUCUUGAUCACAAGACCCUCUACUAUGAUGUUGACCUCUUCUUGUUUUACGUGCUGUGUGAAUGUGAUGAUCGUGGAUGUCACAUGGUUGGAUAUUUUUCCAAGGAAAAACAUUCCGAGGAAUCCUACAAUUUAGCUUGUAUCCUCACUCUUCCCCCUUACCAAAGGAAAGGCUACGGGAAAUUUCUAAUUGCUUUCUCAUAUGAACUUUCGAAGAAGGAAGGCAAGGUUGGAACACCUGAGAGACCUCUUUCUGACCUAGGCCUGGUUAGCUAUAGAGGAUACUGGACCCGUGUUUUGCUCGACAUCUUGAAGAAGCACAAAGGCAACAUUUCUAUUAAGGAACUAAGUGACAUGACGGCAAUCAAAGUCGAAGAUAUUCUGACGACGCUGCAGAGCCUGGAAUUGAUCCAAUACAGGAAAGGACAACAUGUGAUAUGUGCGGAUCCCAAGGUUUUGGAUCGGCACCUGAAAGCGGCUGGCCGUGGAGGUCUUGAUGUUGAUGCCAGCAAGCUCAUCUGGACACCAUAUAAAGAACAGAGUUAGGAGGUGACGAGGAAGAAGGCAUCAAUCUGUAGCCUGUCGUUGUACCAUAUUGUAUGUAGAUAUAUAUUCUACUAGGAAAGCACAAAAUCUUUAGAGAGCAGCUGCUUGUGAUAUGUAUUUCACCAGAAUAGGCGAAUUGGUUUAAGCUAAAACGCCUUGCUGUACGCUAGUGAUCUUACGAUUCUUAUGGAAGUCAUAUGGGUUUAGUGACCGAUUAUCAGUGAUCUCAAAGCUCAGUGACCUUUUUGGCGUUUAUGUAUAAUUCACUGUCAAGUGUCAAACUUGUUGCCUUGCGGGUUUUCGUCGGGUCUUAAACUCUUUAUAGAUUUUUGCUUUCAUCUUUCCCUCCAACCCCCAAAAUCACAUCGCCUCCCUACCUCCCUCCUUCCCGUUGUUCCUUCCGGCAGACAUAUAGCCGCCUCCUUCCCUCCCUCCGUCGCCUUCGGCGUCGUGUCCCAUUGCUCGACCUAGGUGAUGAUGACAGAAUGAAGGCAUCUGGGUUUAUUAUCCCACUGGGAAUGGGAUGGUGUUGACCGUAGUAGCGGUACAUAUCCUUUCUUUUUAAUUGUCUCUCUCUUAUUGCUGAAUAUAAGCUUGACAAUAGAAUUGGGCCUCAGGGAGGAGUGUCAUUCUUGUUCAUGUGUUAGCUGUUAAGCCUUUGUCAGGAAGUUCCUCGAUUUUCAAGAAUUAGCUUGUUUUCAUAAGCGAGACAGAGUUACUAAAAUCCGGAACUGUCCUUGGACAAAUGAACGAGGAAGUACAUAUUGUUAACUGAAGUGUUUGCUCUCUCUUUUUGUAGGUUGUGAGAAGGAGUUGUUCAAAAGAACAAAUGAAAAGCAAGCGACAGAGCGUAAAUUGGAGACUGUUCCAGCCGGACAGAGGUAAUGAGUGUCCAUGGGUAGUUCGAGAUGCCCUUUGAUUUCCAGUUGAUGCAUUUUUUACUGAUAGUAUAGAUUCACAUAUCCUUGUAAUGUUUCCUACUGUCGCUCAAGCCAGUUUGAUGUCCUUGAGAGUGCCUGUGUGGGAUGCUAGUUUCUGCUUUCUUCUCUUCCUGAAUAAAGGCGAAUUUUGAAGGAGAUAGUACUAGCUUCCUUAUAUUUCAUUCUGUGUUCAUUGGUGUCUGGUGAUGAAUAUUGUUUUUUACUCUUCAUCUCAUUCUAUCUUCAUGCAGCGGCUUGGAGGAUAGAGAGCGUGCUGACUGUGGGACAAUCUUAGAGCAAUGAUUCUUGAGUUUGCGCUUCAUAAUCUGUGGAAGAGUAACUUGAGAUCUUGGUGAGGAUCUGAUAGACCCUGAGAUUAGGGUUUUAUCGGGAAUUGAGAAUUUAGGGAUUAAGAACAGAAUUAGGGAUUUGAGAAGAGAAAGAUAGAGAAUCGGCCUAGUCCUUUAGAGGGAUUGAGAACGAGAAUUGAGAGGAUUGGGAGAAUAGGGUUUAAGAGAGGGUUUCUUAAUAUUUUUCUUGACUGCCCAUAAUGAAAUCCCAAAGUACAC